AUGGACGAUCAACUGGAAGGUGCCCAACUGCUCCAGAAGCUCUUCACAUGCUGUCUCAUUGCUAAUGGCCUAUCCCGGCCCUUCGAGCAUGAUAUUGCCCGCAAGGAAGAUGCAGAGCCCGAUAGCCUUGAACAUCAUUUUCUCAUGUAUCUUCCUUCCAACUAUGUCAACGUUGACCACCCUAUGGUUCAUUCUCCUGUUGUGAAGAAAGCGCGGGGUGUCGUGUCAAUAAUGUCGGAUUCGUUACCAAAGACUCCCGGACUACCAGGGACUCACUAUCCUCCCCACGCCUGGCCUUCUUUUGUCCCACAGCAUUUCGUCAAAUCCCAUUGCAUGCGGGCGAUCCAACCACCUAUCUACCAUUUUAAUGGAACCCCAAUCUUGCCUGUUGACGUGGAGGAUCAGCUCGACGCUGAGAGUCUUAUCUUGUGUGCCACAGUCCCUUUUCUUAACGCGGAGGAAGUUCGUCUGGUGGGUUACGCCAUAGACGAUACUCCCGGUUCACCUUCACACCCACUGAGUCCAUCUGUCGUCGAGAAAGAUAUCGCCCUCUCCCACUCAGAUCAUGAAGACAAUUCUAGCUCCUCUGAAGUGAAAACUACUCUCCGAAGCAUGCCUAAUCCCACACGUUAUGAACACCAUACCUCCACUAGAAUCCG